AUGGAGUUUAAGAGCGUUCCGCUUCUACUUGUGACUGUAGCAGUUUUAUGUGCAGCCACUGCAUUGCCAGGGACUGGUGCAUCCACUGCAGUGCCAUGGACUGGUGCAUCCACUGCAGUGCCAUGGACUGGUGCAUCCACUGCAGUGCCAGGGACUGGUGCAUCCACUGCAUCGCCGGGGACUGGUGCAUCCACUGCAUCGCCAGGGACUGGUGCAGCCACUGCAGCGCCAGGGACUGGUGCAGAUAGCAUAGCGCCAGGGACUGGUGCAGCCACUGCAGCGCCAGGGACUGGUGCAGCCACUGCAUCGCCGGGGACUGGUGCAGCCACUGCAUCGCCAGGGACUGGUGCAGCCACUGCAGCGCCAGGGACUGGUGCAGAUAGCAUAGCGCCAGGGACUGGUGCAGCCACUGCAGCGCCAGGGACUGGUGCAGCCACUGCAGCGCCGGGGACUGGUGCAGCCACUGCAGCGCCAGGGACUGGUGCAGCCACUGCAGCGCCGGGGACUGGUGCAGCCACUGCAGCGCCGGGGACUGGUGCAGCCACUGCAGCGCCGGGGACUGGUGCAGCCACUGCAGCGCCGGGGACUGGUGCAGCCACUGCAGCGCCGGGGACUGGUGCAGCCACUGCAGCGCCAGGGACUGGUGCAGCCACUGCAGCGCCGGGGACUGGUGCAGCCACUGCAGCGCCGGGGACUGGUGCAGCCACUGCAGCGCCGGGGACUGGUGCAGCCACUGCAGCGCCGGGGACUGGUGCAGCCACUGCAGCGCCGGGGACUGGUGCAGCCACUGCAGCGCCGGGGACUGGUGCAGCCACUGCAGCGCCGGGGACUGGUGCAGCCACUGCAGCGCCGGGGACUGGUGCAGCCACUGCAGCGCCGGGGACUGGUGCAGCCACUGCAGCGCCGGGGACUGGUGCAGCCACUGCAGCACCGGGGACUGGUGCAGCCACUGCAGCGCCAGGGACUGGUGCAGCCACUGCCACUGCAGUGCCAGGAACCGAUGCUAUAACUACAGAAGAAAAGCCAUUAACGACAAAGGCCCCUAUAACAGAAAAACCCGAUAUAAUAGAUGUGGAACCAGAGGUUCCAGUCAUUAUAGAUGUGGCCCAGAUCCCAACAGAGGUCAUUGUCAUCGUUGCUGUGGACUCGUCUAUUCAGUUUGAAGAUUUUCCAUUUGUUGAUGACCUCAAGAAUUCAUCGUCACAGGCAUACACAGAUUUUGCUGACGAAUUUAUAAAUCAGGUGGAGCCUUUCUACAAUGAAACGGAGGGAUUUGAGAGCAUAACUGUCACCAGUUUUGAGGAAAAGCCUAGCAACAAACGCCGGGCUGUGGGCGAUGUAACUAUUGUUAAUUAUGAGGUAAACUACGAUUACAAGAAACUACAGAAUGUCAUUGAUGUCAUCAAUACCACUGCACUAGAACAGGCCAUCGAUGGUGGUUUGACAGUGAACGGCAAAGAUGCGGUUACGGGAACUUUCGUCCAACACACAACUCAAGAUGACAUCUACAGGGAGGCUGCCCAAAUACUUCAGCAGCAAAUAGAUGGGGAUUUGUGCGAGUAUACAAAGACAUGUCAACCUGGCUACACCUGUGUCUCAACAAGCGGCACCUGUAUCUCCAAAUGUAACGCCACGACAGGUGACUACUGCAGCAACGACGGUAGAUGCGUCCACACACCGGGCAGGGACGUGUUCUGCACGUGCAACCAUGAUCCUACCGGCUUCUACGUGGGAGAAAAGUGUGAGUUCUAUGCUUCACAGGCCUUGGUCAUUGGGCUGGGGGCUGGCGUGGGAGGCCUUCUACUUAUCAUCAUCAUCACCCUGUCCGUCUGUCUGUGCUGCCGACGCAACAAGAAAGGGGGCGAUUUUGAAAGACAACUAACGCCAGACAACGCUUACUGGACACAUGAAGAAAAGGCACCAAUGACGAAGCAGACUGACGACAUGCAGGAUGAAAUGCCGCUCUACAGCAUGGUGAACAAACGCCAGACCUACUCCGAGGAUAGUUACGGUUCGGAGAAGAACAACGUGGCCAGAGCGUCUCGCCUCUCCAGUCAAGAUCGCGGUAGUUACGCCACCCCAACUCGCGACCGGGAACGUUCAACCAAUGACAGCUUCCUUCACGGAAACCUUCGGACUUUCGGGGGCCACGACAAUCGUGCUUAUGAUUGGGCACCGAGUUUGGAGAAUGUUCCUGUUGAUCAGAAAUUCAAGCUUCCACGUGCGCGAGUCUCUACCAGUAACAACCAGUGGUGAGCAUCAUACCAGAACUGACUUCGAAGACAUUAGUUGAAGUAUCGCCCUUUGUUAAUCGACUGCCUGCCGAUGUGGCCUGCAAAGUACAAUUGCAACGAUAGGAGCGUAACUUAAUGUCAUGAAUAUUGUUCGUAUAUUUACAUUUAUGUCACACAUGUGAGCUAAAAUGUUUAUUUUCUUAAGGGAAAAAUUUAUAGUGGAAAUCAGUUUGCAACAUAUUUUUGUAGCGCAGUAAAUAUUUGCAUGAAACAGAUAUUACGCCAUACAGUUGUGUGGUAAGAUUAACAAAUGUUAAUGUCAAAUGUAAUAAGAAGAUUGGUCUAUGACAACUUUUAUGUUAUACAUAUUAGGCUUUCCUGAUAGCCAUGUUCAUCUUGUAUCUAAACUUACGUUUCAUGUAGUUGUUUAGCAGCAAAGACUUCGUACCAAGCUAGUGGUUUUUACGUAACAACGACAAUUUGUGGACAACAGUUAAGACAUAUUUGCCAUAAAGCAAAGCACAACAUUAAGAUCACGAAAUGAACAUUAACUAUAUUUUAUUAUUAUUUAUAAUAUGCCGAGCCUCUUACCUAUAGUUAUGUAAGAAUGCAAGAAAACAUAGUAAAUCGGUUGUCAUACCUUAAAUGGGACUGUUUUAAAUCCAUAUUUAUAUAUGUUUAAAUCGACGUUUUGAAUCCAUUUCAUACUAGAUUGUAAUUAUUUGAUGGAAACAACAGUAAUAGUUUCCACACAUGUACAAAGGUAUUGAAAAU